AUGCUUAUCAAAACUAAAGAUAUUUUUAUUAAACUUAUUAAUAUGAAUACAAUAAUAACAAAUAAAGAUUUUGAUAAUAUAUAUAAAGAAUUAGAUAAUAUAGAUAAAGAAUUUGAUAAUAUAGAUAAUGAAUUAAAUAAUUUAGAUUCUGAUAUAAUUAAUAAUAUUAUAAAUUCUAUAGAUAUAGAUAGGUAG